AUGCUGGGCCCCAUCUCCGACGUCAAGGUCUUCGCCCUCAGCGCGUCGAUUCUGUACGUCGAGGACAAGAAGCUCGUGUGCAACAUGGGCAUCAAGGCAGCGGCCGACAGUGAGAUGCGACGGAAGCGCGUCAUCCAGAACGACCUCGAGUCCAUGCCGCUCGCCUUCGUCGUCUUCUGGAGCGCCAUCGCCGUGGGCGUCAACCCAAACGUCACCAAGAUGCUCAUGCUGGCCUACACCACGGCCCGCAUCGGCCACGGCCGCCUACGCGCUUGUGAUGCCGCAAGCUCGCAUGGCUGCGUGACGACAUAG